CUUGAGCUACGCCGACGCUAGGCUCCAAUGCGGUAAUGUGUUUUUUUCCUUAUAGAUAUCUCAUGCAAUCUGCAUUUGCUCAUCGUAAUUUGAACACUGUUUGAUUCGAAGGCGCGAGAGUGAACUCAUUGAGUGUUACGAGCGUGCAACAAUUUCUGGCAAGCUUGAUAUGGAAGAACAGCAAAGCAGUGCGGAUCGCGUGCGCCAGUUAUUGAGAGGGCAACAUGGCCCACCGCCUGGCAGUCCUUGGGAGGUACAGGGUGGACUUGGUGAUCGCGCACGUCUGGAUAGUCGAUGGCCUCCUGCAAAUCAAGUAACCAUUGGCGAUGAAGAUGAUCUCACUAAUGAUGAAGGUCUCGACGAACAUGGUGACGAGGGCGAAAUCACUGGUGAUGAGGGAGCUGAAGAAGGUGCCGUGGAAGACGAUGAGGAACUGCCGUUUGACCCGACUUCUGUAGGUCUCAAGGAGAUCAGCAACCUUGCAAGCUUCACCGUCAGUAGCUACAAGCCUGGCUGUGGUGUGAAUGAGCUACGCGAUGAUAAUAUCCACCUUUUCUGGCAAUCUGAUGGACCACAACCUCAUCGACUCAACAUUCACUUCAUCAAGCGUGUCGAGAUUCGUGCAUUGCGCCUCUAUCUAGACUACGAACUUGAUGAAAGCUACACACCCACUAAGAUUCAAAUCACUGCUGGCUUCGGGCCUAACCUCACAAUUCCCUUCACCACAAUGGAGCUUAGCAUGCCUAAAGGUUGGCUAGAUGUCCCCAUAGCAGGGGCUGGAGGCGGACCAGAUGGUAACUCGCUCUGUUGUUGGUUUGUGCGCAUCAUCAUCCUAGAAAAUCAUCAGAAUGGCAAGGAUACACAUCUGCGUGGUGUCAAAGUCUACGGCCUGGACGAUAAUGCCGAUACUGCAGAAAAUAACCCAGUGGAGGACAUAGUGGAAGUUAUCGACGAUUAUGAGGACCGUCUGACACGCAUGAACAUCAACGACCACGAUGAGCGAGCACUACUCAAACAUGAGGCUGAUGUGCAACGGAAGAAGGCCGCAGCCAAGAAGUUUGCUCCUGGGGAGGGUGGUCUCAGCAUUCCAGACUUCAUGAGAGAGCCUGAGAUUCGUUGAUUCUCACACAGGUUGUUGGGGCUCGAUGCAUUUUAUGUUUGGCGUUGUUGGUCGGUUGAGCUUGACUCGGUUUUGAUACGCAACUAUGCUACGUGAAUAUUGAUACCCUGAAGAGUAGAACAUGAAUAGCAUUGGUAUGGAACAUACUUUUUCAGAAAUGCACUAAAGACUGCUUACUCGUUUGAAGUCAAUCUCGACAAAUACUCCAGUCAUGCUUCCACGUAUACAACUAGACUGGUCCAGCUAUCCUGCCUCGAGUUCGAAAGGGCUCCAAUGAGAAAUGUCGGAACGGC